CUGUUUCGCACAAGGGCUUCAAGUGCCUCUCAUUGCCACUCUGGCUUUGGCUAUGGCGGAAGCUCCCGCGCCCGCGCUCUUCACACGCUUCUACUAUUGUCUCUGAUCCCUCGCUUGAGGGGAUGUGAAUGAUGAGAUGGUCUUUUAGGGUUACGGGUGCAAGGAGAUCGAAGCGGGGGCGUGGAUCUGGUGAAUUUCGGCAUUGCUGAGGGGCGAGUGAGAACAGGUGACGUGCUGGUGGAGCUGGAGAUAGAGGACGAGGAAGGGGAGAUCUGAGGAUGGCGGGACGAGGGAAUUGAAUGGAAUAGGGGAGUAGGGCGCAGGGAUGCGGAGAGGAAGGGGUUUGUGGAUUUUUGCGUGCGGGAGUUGACUGGCAGGUUGUUGCAGUGGACUUAGAUUAGAGGAAUUUGUGGACGUUGCGGUGGUAGGUGAAACAUGGACCCUGCUGAGACGGCUUUGGCGCAGCUCCUGCGGCAGCGCAUGAGUCCUGUGGUCAUGGUCAUGGCCACUGCCCGUGCCGAGGAGACAUCGCGGAAAAAUCAGCUCGGCAUUGUGGAUUUGUUGCGCCCUUUCUGUGUCCUUGACCAAAUUGAUGUUCCAGUGCGCACGGCAAGUGAGCUGCCUUACAGAUUACAGGACUUUGAGCUUCGGAUGUUUUAUGCUGCAGAUAUUGCUCAGCCCAGUGCCGAGGUGGCAGAGGAUUAUCUUGUUCAGUGUGUUAGUGACGCCAGUGAUGAAGCUGCCGCAGCUCUCUUGGGAGAUUCGAAGGACAUAGAGGUUGUCAGAAAAAUGGUUGAAUCAGAAACACAAUCAUCUUGGUUUCAACGGUAUUGCCGAGAUUACAUUCGGACUCUUGCGUUCUCAGAACAUGAAGCAAUUGAUCAUCCUAUAGCAUGUCUUUUGGUAGCGUCAACAAAGGACGAGAGCCCGUUGACGCAGUUUGUGGAUCUCUACAACCCAGAUUUUCUUCCUACUCUUGUGAAGGAUGGUGCGAUGGACCCCAAGGUUUUGAAGCACUACGUUCUACUGCAUGAUGUUCAGGAUGGCUCAUUGGAUGAGUCCAAUAAAAUCUUGUCGGAGAUGCGAAGUACAUUUGGAGCUAUCAACUGUGGUGUUUUGAGUAUCAACUCUGGAUCAAUUGAUUCUGAUUCGCUCCCUAAUGAUGUUUGGUCUGGGCGGUUGUUGCAACCGAUUGUGAACAACUCCCCUGAGUUGAAGCAGGUGGACGACACUGAAGCACCAAAACAAAGACCAGGCUUGUGCUUGAGCAAGAGUGAUGUAGCAAUGAUAUCAGAUUUUGUGCUGGAUUUUGCGUUGAAGCAAAUUAUUCCACAUAUGGAGCAGAAAAUUCGAAUUCUCAACCAACAGGUUUCAGCAACCAGGAGAGGUCUUAAGAAUCAAUUAAAAAAUUUAUGGUGGCGGAAGGGUAAAGAAGAAACAUCCGAUGUCCAAGCUGGCGGCCAGUACACCUUUAGCAGCAUGGAGUCGCAGAUCCGGGUCUUGGCUGACUAUGCCUUCAUGCUACACGAUUAUGACUUGGCUCUUCAAAAUUACCGGUUGCUUUCUAGUGACUACAAAACCGAUAAGGCUUGGAAACGUUAUGCAGGGGUUCAGGAAAUGAUAGGGUUGUGUUUAUUCAUGAUGGACCAGUCCCGAAGAGAAGCAGAAAUCUCUUUAGAAUCUGCUUAUAAUGUAUAUCAGAAAUGUGGGGGCAAUACUGCGAAGUAUGCGACUCGGACUUCCAUGUGGCUGGCAGAGAUACAUAAAGCAAGGGGUCAGUUUCGGGAGGCUGCGAAUGUUCUGUUUCGAGCCUCAAUGCUGAAAAUCGAAGGAGGACAGGGUGUAAGCUUGCGUGCAGGAGUGCUUUUGGAGCAAGCUGCCUACUGUUAUUUGAGACUUUCUCCUCCCAUGCUGAGAAAGUUUGGAUUUCAUAUGGUGCUGGCUGGCAAUAGAUACACUGUGUGUUUUCAGCGGAAGCAUGCGAUGCGUGUCUACAGAAGUGUCCUGAGCAUCUUUGAAGGUCAGGGUUGGAAAUACAUCAGCGAUCAUGUCCAUUUUCAUCUUGGCAGGCUUUCGCAUUUUCUGGGAAAUAACGACCUUGCGAUUUUUCAUUUUAUGAAGUUGGUUACAUGUAGUCAUCAGUCUCCUGCAAAUCAAUCAAAUUUUUUGAGAGAGUUUCUUUAUGUUGUUGAGAACACGGUAGGAAAGAACAAAGUUCUGGACUUGGAGCUGCCGACUAUCAACGCAGAGCGCGUACAUGUACAUUUUGAAGACCAUAGAAUCUAUUCAACAUCUUCUGCUGCAGCAAAAGCAGAGAACAUAUGGACACCUGUGGAGGAGGGGCUUGUACCUUCUGUUGCAGUUCAAACGCAUACGUGGAUGGACGCUCCAAAGUCUUUGGUGCAAGCCAUAGACUACAAUGUUUGUAUUGCUGGCGAGGAGGUUGGGGUUGAUGUGGAGUUUAGCAAUCCUCUUCAAAUUCCAAUUGAUGUUUCGUCUGUUUGUCUUACCUGUGAAUUUGACGAUAGCAGUGUAAACAAACCUGACACCGCACAAAUUGCCCUGAACCCAAGUGAAGAUCAAAGUUCGGAUCUUAUUGAAGAUAAAGCUCAGUCAACAGUUAUUACUGUGGAGAAUGAUUCAAUGCCUUCCGUUGUUCUUCCUGACGAGUCUUUCCAAUUGCCAGCUGCGGAAAAGAUUGUGGUCCGAUUAAAGGCGAAACCACUGAAAGAGGGCGUACUGAAGGUGGUUGGUGUGCGAUGGGUCUUGGCGGGUAUCGCAACAGGGCAUCGAGAGUUUACAAUCACUGGGCCUCAGAUCACUACGUCUAAGACUCGAGCUUGGAGUAAUCCACCACCUAAUCAACGCCUGAAAUUCCAUGUUCUGGCGCAUAUGCCAAGACUAGAGGUGUCCAUGCACGAGCCUCCAAUGAAAGUCAAUACUGGGGAGCUUCAUCGUGUUGUUCUGGAAUUGUACAACCCCUCAAAAAUCUCUGUGAAAAGGAUCAAAUUCAAGACAAGUCAUCCAAACGUUCUCCUAGUUGGGAAAGCAGAAGAUUUGGACAUGGAAUUUCCCAGUUGUCUGGAAGUGCAAGCAGGUCAGGAGGGUGGACACGAAUUGAAGCAUGUCGAUAUUGCAGAAUUCAAGAAAAGACCUUCUGUGUUUUCAUUUCCUGAGGAUACACUGCUGGAGGGAGGCUCUACAGUACUGUGGCCAUUGUGGCUGCAUGCCAGGCAGCCGGGCACUCUUUCUCUCAACAGCAUUUUAUAUUACGAGUCUGAUAGUGCUAAUGUAGGUCUGAAGUACCGAACUGUGCGAAUGACUGAAAGCAUUCAGGUGGUUCCAUCAUUAAAAGUCUCUGUUCAAAUUUCUCCGUCCCCGCUUCAUCUUCAACAGUUUUUCUUACGCUUAGACGUGAAGAAUCAAAAUGCUUUGGAAAACUUUUGGUUGCGCCAAGUCUCUUGCAGUGGAGACCGUUGGUGUUUGGCACCAUUAUUGCCACCUGUAUUAGACAAGGAGGGGGUAUUUGGCAAGGACUCAGAAGACAAUGUUGCCUUUCUUUCCUCAUCAGUCUGUGCUUCACAGCUUUUGCCUGCCAGUCAGACCUUGUCCCUCUUUUUCAAGCUGAAUGUGGCACAGCGUGAGGGCAAGUCUAACACAGAUGAGGUGAGCAACAUAGGUUUGGGACCUCCCAGCAGCAGAGAGCCCCUCAUCGACAUUGCAUCGGGUCCUCUUGCUGACUUUCUUAUGCUUGAGAAGCUGCAUCAGCCUCGACCCCCUCUCCCAUACUUUCUUAAAGCCAAGAAAAGUGCGGUUGAAGAGUCGUCGGACUCUUCUAAUAUUCUUCGGGAUGGCGGGGAAGUUGAUGUAGUGUUGAUAUCAGAACAGCAGGAGGGUUUGGGUGAUGCUGCAGUGCAAAACCCAAGCCUUCGAGUUGGAGCUCAUCACAUUUGCCAUUGCAGUGUCCAGGGUGAUCAACCAUUUGUUUGGGUGAUGGAAGGUCCUAAUCCUGUUUAUCACAAUUUUUCGCGCCAACCUUUUUGUGAAGUUACCAUGCUGCUUACAAUCAGGAAUUGCUCAAUCUACACUGGUUCUAUAAGGGUAGAGACUUUAGACUUGGUUACCCCAGCUAGCACCCCCGCAUCCCCCAAGGAGAUCCAAUUUGGAUGGAUACCAUUAAGUACCUCUGCUUCGCCCGUAGGAGAUCCUGUCACAGCCAACGUUGUAGCAGAUCCUGCUUCUAGUAAACAGAACUCCAACUCAGUAGCAUACAGAACUCCAACCCCUCCAUUUCUUUGGUGCAACCUGCGAUCCACCACUAUCCAUUCUUUAGCCCCCGGUGCAUCUACCAAGGUACCUCUCCGUGUUGCAUUUUUGGCUCCUGGUGUUUAUGACCUUUCUCGUUACAGGAUAAGCUGGACAUUGCUGGAACUCCUACAGAGCACAGUGGCUGAAGGGUUGUCAGAGAUGUCUGAGUUGCAUUUGAAGACUACAUCAGCAACUUAUUCACGCGGGUUUACACCACCAGUUGACACCAGCUUGCAAACAGGAAGUCAUGAAACCAGUGAUGCCAGUGCGUCUGGUGUUGGAUUAGGCCAUUCUCUCCUGUUGUCUGUUGUCCAAUCAAAUACAUGAUAAAUUGUUGUCCUUUGUGAGUAGGCUUUGAUCAUCAUUAGUUAAUUAUUCACUUCGCUUGAUCAUGCAUGUGUAAAACUUUUUCCACUUUGCAAUUCUUCUCUUCGACAGAA